UCAAUUGACAUUUCAUUAUUUGUCAAAUUGAUAACAAGAAAUUACCAAAGUAAAAAUCACCGAUUAUUCGUGUUACUGUAAUUAUAGUUAUAUUAUCACUAUUAACUUUUAUUUUAACGUACUUUAGAGUUAACUUAUAUUUGAAAAAUGUCUUUUAAUUAUGAAGAACUCAGUCGCACUGAAAUAUUCGAUUUGCUUAGACGAUGGCGUGAAAACAACGAAAGACGAAGCGAAGAUGUAUUAGAUUUAUCCGAAGCUAUCGCUGAGGACCCACUACACAAGUUGGGUAGUGAGAAAUAUGUUGUUAUGGAACAAGUCAUCUAUGCAGCGUUGGACUGUCACUACUACUCUAUAGCUAAAUCCUGGAUACUGAUGUUAUCCGAAGAGUUUCCUGGCAGCCUGCGAGUUUUGAGAUAUAAGGCAGCAUGUUUGGAAGCUGAAGAAAAGUACGAAGAAGCACUGGACGUUUUAGACAAUAUUAUAAAAACAGAUGAAACAAAUUCAGCGGCUCGCAAACGUCGUGUAGCCAUUUUGAAAGCUCAAGGUCUCAUCCAGGAGGCUAUUAAAGAACUGGUUGAGUAUUUAAAAAAGUUUAUGUCAGAUAUGGAGGCCUGGCAGGAGCUCUCCGAAUUGUACUUGCAAGUUCAAGAGUAUUCCAAAGCUGCAUAUUGUGCUGAAGAAUUGAUACUGCAUCAACCGCACAAUCAUUUGAUGCACCAACGGCUUGCUGAUAUACGUUACACUAUGGGUGGUGUAGAUAACAUGGAACUGGCCAAGGCGUAUUACUGUCAAGCACUUAAACUUAAUCCUGAAAACAUGAGAGCACUGCUUGGAUUAUUCUUGGUGACCAAUACUCUUCUGAGCCAUUACAAGUCAUCGGGCAGUGCGAAACGCAAGGAAGCAUUUAAGCUCUCCCAGUGGGCUCAAUCGGAAGCUAAAAAGAUACAGCGCAGUGCGCAGCCACCGCCCACUAUACCCGCUCUGACUAAUAUGAUGCUUUCACUUGCUGUGUCUGAUUAAAAUUUAUAGAAAAUUAAAAUUCAUAGGAAUAGUAAUUUAGUUUCUAUAUUAAAACUUCCUUACUACUAUAGUGGUUGUAUAACUAUCGGUUGGUCUUGUUUUUUCAAAUUUUAAAUUACUGUUGGUAGAAAGAGAGAAAUCAGUGUGUUACUGUUCACACACUAGACAAUGUAUAUUUAUUUACUAGGUCAUAAGAAUAUUGUGUUCGAAUUAUAUGUAAAUAUAUUGAUAUAUAUGAUAUAGUCUGACAUGUAACUUUCAACGAUAUGGGAUUUUAGAUUAUAUUAUUGUCGCAUUUAAAAAUACAACCAACCUUGUGUAUUUGGUGACUAAUAAAAAAAAAUUGUCUUUGAUAUUCAAGAAUUUACUGUAUAAAAAAUGAGUUAUUUAAUUUAAGAUUAAAUAUGUUUUUCUACAUACUAUGUUACCAAGUAAACUAAAUUGCAA